GGAGCCGGUGCAAGGUAACGCGGGCCCGUGGGGCCCAGGCGGGGCCAAGCAGCUGCAAGAUGAGGUCGGGUGAAAUCUCUGGUUCAAGGCAGCAGCGUCAGCUAUUUCGGUAACAAAAUGAAGCCUAUGAAGCUACACUAUUGGAUUCUCUGUUGGUUUUCUAUGGCAUUAUGUUGUUGGUGUACUUUGGAUAAAUUCACUCAAAGUGACAGCCCUCAUAUCUGGAAAAAACUGUAUCUUGCUCAUCAUUGGCCAGUGACUGUAUGUAAGAUGAGUACUAAUGAUUGCCAAGACCCUCCAGAAUAUUGGACAAUCCAUGGACUGUGGCCUGACAAAGGUGAAGAGUGUAAUAGGAGUUGGCACUUCAAUGUUACUGAGAUUAAGGAUCUUAUGUCAGACAUGAGACACUAUUGGCCUGAUGUGCUUCAUUCAUCUCAGAAUCGUACACAGUUCUGGAAACAUGAAUGGGAGAAACAUGGCACUUGUGCGGCAACACUUGAGGUCCUUAAUUCUCAGAAGAAAUACUUUGGUAAAGCCUUGGAACUGUAUCAGCACAUUGAUCUUAACAGUUGUCUCCUGAAAGCUGGGAUAAAGCCAAGCAGUUCAUAUUACCAGAUGACUGCCAUAAAGGAAGCUCUUACAAGAUUUUAUGGUGUAACUCCAAAGAUCCAAUGUCUUCCUCCAGAACAGGGUGAAAAAGCACAAACGCUUGGUCAGAUUGAAUUCUGCUUCACCAAACAAUUCCAGCUGAGAAACUGCACCGCAUCGAAGGGUGAAGCUGACCCAGUGCCAGCUGACUUGAAGUUUGGAACUGAGGAGUUGUCUAUCUGCAGUGAUACUCUCCCAACCUAUUAUCCUUCACAGGUUCAAGUUCACAUAUGAAGCCCUAAGAGUUUGAAAAUUUUCAAAUAGCACCAAACCCCAAACCCUUAAGCAUUAUACCUUGGAAAGCUGUCUUGGCUUAUAAACAGAGCUUUGCAAUAUUGGUAUCACAAGCAUACUGUGAAGAUUUCUUCUGGAAAACAUACUUCUUUUGCCAUUAAAAGAGAAUGGUCCACACUGUAGUAACAGUUACACUGGCUGUAUUGAUUUGUGUCACAGAUUUACAGCUUUGCCAGGACUUUUUGGCUUGUUUGAACCAAUAUUCAAGAGAAGUGACUCAGUAGUUACAGUUAAGUCUGCUGCUUCAGACACCUUUGGCUCUUGCCAGUGAGUCAGGGAAAUGAAGUCAUUCUUUGUUUUGAAAGGAUUCUUGUCUCUUCGAGAUAAGAUGACAAUUUCGUGAAAAGAAAACACUGAAACAAAAAGUAGUUAAAUGACCUAUCUAGAGGUCUUUCCCAGACAUAAUACACUGUUACACCUUGCAUAAAUUUCUUCUCCAGGUCUUGGAAAAGACCUUUAGGAUCAUCCAGUCCAACCAUUAUCUACCAAGUCUGGUGCUAAGCCAUGUCACUUUGCACCACAUAUGGACAUAGAUGAUCCUUUGAGAUCCCUUCCGGCCCCUGAAAUUCUGUGAUCUUUUACAUGCUUCCAGGGAUGAUGAUUUAACCACAUUCUGGGAAGCCUAUUUCAGUGUUUGAUAACCCUUUCAGUGAAGAACUUCCUUCCAGUAUCCAAUCUGAACCUUCCCUGGUGUAACUUGAAGCCGUUUUUUCUUGUCCUAUCAUUGUUACUAGGAAGAAGAGACCAACACUUACUUCUCUGCAGCCUUUUCAAGUAGUUACAGAGAGCAAGAAGCCUUCUUUUCUCUAAACUAAACAACAUCAGUUCCCUCAACCAGUUGUUGUGUUCUGAGACCCUUC